UAUUGAGAGGAAGAAAUGGGCCUCCGGCUUCCGAGAUGACAAACUGAACUGACUACUGUGUAUGUCUGACUGUGUACAGUUCCUUUUCGUGCCGGAGGCCUCCUGUAAACGUCAUAUCCUGUUUGUGCGCGUGUGAGGUUACUGUUCUGUCUGGGGGUAAAGGGCCUGUGCUGGUGGGAUAUCAGAAGCUCCAGCUAAGCAGGCGACUAAUGUUUGGAGAAAGGAACAUAAUUAUACAUGAAAAGAAAAUAACGUGCAUCUCUGCAUUUUAUAUAUUUGCUUUACAUUCAAAAGAGCGACGAUUGUGCACUUACCCGACCUAACGUUUUGACUUACGUUAGCGAGCUAGUGCAACAACACGCCGCCGUUGUGGGAAGAAAAACAAGCUAAGCGGGCAUUGUUUUUUUUAGAAGCUGUGUGUUCAUUGGCAGAGCUCAAUACACCGGCUUCGAGGAUAAAUAUUAAAGAUCUUCAUCUUACUUUAUUCGGCCUGUAAAAAACAGCCCAAGAAGGUAUCUGCCGUGGCUAAGAUCAGGAGUAGUCGAGGUAUUGUGUUGACGCCCAGUCAGCGCCCUGAACCGAUACUGCAUCAUCUCCCCUACCUCUCACCCUCUCCCCUCUGUUUCCCCUCCCUCCACCAUAACCCCACCCUGAACCCCAUCAAGCAUCUGGACCAGUAUGAAUGAAAUCACUGUGGUGAGAGAGGGCUGGCUCCAUAAGAGAGGAGAGUACAUUAAGACAUGGAGGCCUCGGUACUUCAUCCUGAAGAGCGACGGGUCAUUCAUUGGCUACAAAGAGAAGCCUGAGGUGUCCGACCACAGCUUGCCACCCCUCAACAACUUCUCUGUCGCAGAGUGCCAGCUGAUGAAGACGGAGCGGCCCAGGCCCAACACAUUUGUCAUCCGCUGCCUCCAGUGGACCACAGUGAUUGAGAGGACCUUCCAUGUGGACAGUAAUGAGGAGAGGGAAGAAUGGAUGCGGGUGAUCCAGGCGGUGGCAAAUGGACUAAAGACACGGGAGGAGGAGGAGCCAAUGGAUAUCAAGUUUGGUUUCCCAAGUGACAGCAGCGGCAUGGAGGAGAUGGAGGUUGCCAUUUCCAAGUCUCGUUCCAAAGUGACCAUGAGUGACUUUGACUACCUGAAGCUGCUGGGUAAGGGGACCUUUGGCAAAGUUAUUCUAGUCAAGGAGAAGGCCACAGGGAUGUACUACGCCAUGAAGAUCCUCCGCAAGGAAGUCAUAAUAGCCAAGGAUGAGGUAGCUCACACAGUCACAGAGAGCAGAGUUCUACAGAACACCAGACAUCCCUUCCUGACAACACUGAAAUAUGCUUUCCAAACACAUGACCGGCUCUGCUUUGUGAUGGAGUAUGCAAACGGAGGAGAGCUGUUUUUCCACUUAUCCCGGGACCGUGUGUUCACAGAAGACAGGGCACGCUUCUAUGGAGCAGAGAUUGUGUCAGCCCUGGAGUACUUGCACUCACGAGACGUGGUCUACAGGGAUCUCAAGCUGGAAAAUCUAAUGCUGGAUAAAGACGGACACAUAAAGAUCACAGAUUUUGGACUUUGUAAAGAGGGCAUCACGGACGGUGCCACGAUGAAGACUUUCUGUGGAACACCAGAGUACUUGGCCCCUGAGGUCCUAGAAGACAAUGACUAUGGUCGAGCAGUGGACUGGUGGGGUCUAGGUGUGGUUAUGUACGAGAUGAUGUGCGGUCGCCUGCCUUUUUACAACCAGGACCAUGAGCGAUUGUUUGAGCUCAUCCUCAUGGAAGAGAUCCGCUUCCCUAAAAACCUGGCCCCAGAGGCCAAGGCUCUGCUGGCAGGCUUGCUGAAGAAGGACCCCAAGCAGAGGCUUGGAGGUGGGCCAGACGAUGCCAAAGACGUGAUGACCCACAAAUUCUUCACCUCAAUCAACUGGCAAGACGUGGUUGAACGGAAGCUGGUUCCUCCUUUCAAGCCCCAGGUGACGUCAGAGACGGACACGCGCUACUUUGAUGAUGAGUUCACAGCACAGACCAUCACUGUAACACCGCCAGACAAGUAUGACAGCUUAGAUGCAGAAGACUCGGACCAGCGCACGCACUUCCCUCAAUUCUCUUACUCAGCCAGCAUACGGGAGUGACCCCCCCCCCCUCUCUCUCUCACACACACACACACACACAAACGGGCAGGCAGGUUAUCAUACGCUCACAAAACACAAUUGCACUGCUAGGGAAUGGGAUGACACGCAUACAAAUCGCACAAGACACACUCAUUCCCUUUGUCUCUCACCCAUUCACCCACUCUCACACACACAUACACUCACACUCUCUCACACACACACACACACACACACACACACACACACACACACGCACACCUACAUACACACGAACACAGGUGCUGAUAGAUCAAUGUGAAAACAUGGAUCCUAGAGCAUGACAUGAAAGCACGCAAUGAUUGACUGACCUCAGCAGGUCCUAUGUGACCAGACUGGCAGCCUCUUGUCCAUGCAGGUAUCUCUUGUCUUACCAAUGGGACUGGCCAUAGCUUUGCCUGCAGGACCCCUGCCACACUACACUGGGCACCACGUCAAAGCAGUGACAACACCUCACCUACCCCCUUCCCACCAAUGCGAACCUAGUUCUGGUUCUGGGCUGUUGCCAGUGCCGGUUCACAGAUGGUUCAGCUUGCGAACCAGUUUGCUUUUCCAUGGGCUAGAGAGCCAAGUCAACGUCAUCAAUGUAUACGUCUCUGCUUUCCCAGCAACUAUAGCGCCAACUUAAAACACAACAACGGCGGGCUCCAUUGUUUCUUUACAAGUGUUGCUCCUGGCUUUGCAAACCUACAUUGGCAUCGAAACCCGAGUGGUCCUACGCAUUUGUGCUGCUCGUCGCAGUUGCUAUGUCAACAAUUACGAUAUUUGUAUCAUGAUAUGCUGUUGCUGAAGCCAAAGUAGAAGCACAAUCAAUGUAAGUUCUUUGCUGAAGCCCUGUUUUUUUGUUAUUUUAUUUUUAUUUAGUUGGUCAUGAUAAUCCUGCCCCCAGCCCCUAACGCAAGUAAAGAAGUUAAGAGUUGGUGUCAUUCUGGAACCAGUUUUCCUGGCCGGGAUCCGGUUAUUUUGCUGUCCUAAAUGCAAAGAAUCGGUUCUAGAUUGGGCACCGGCUCCGAACCGGCCCUCAAACUGCCUUGGUGGAGAAGGGGUAACCAUACACGGGUUAAUGCCAGCAAAGAAAACACCUCACCACCAGCUGACCGCAUGCUACACCAACAAAUAUACUCAAACUGACACAAAUACACCAGUACUCACUUAGAAAAAACACAGUUCUGAGUAGAAAAACAAUUAUGUAGACUUACAUUGAGGAUUUUAACAAAAAAAUGUAAGAAAAUAUUUGGGGGAUGAAAAAAAAAUAUAUUUUUAACAAAAUUUUCCUUUGAUUGUUACGGUUUUAAAAGCCAUAUUUCUGCAAUUUUUACAAGUGCUCUUUCUGGAACUUGCUGUUACAAAUCGUGUUGGACUGUUCAGACAGGGAAGAUAAGGUGGGGAGAGGGAAGGGAUAAGAAAAGGUGUUAAACCUCUAGGAGGGUAGCCAUUGCUGUGUAUGCACUGUGUAUGUGAAUGAAUGUGUGUAAGAGAGUAAAUGAUUGUAUGUAGAAGUGUGCCAGAGAAUGUAUGAACAACCAUUUGAAUCUACAACAUCUUAUCAUGUCUGUUUGUACAAAUGCAUAUAUGUUUUUGAUUCCACAUAUUGGCAAAGUGGAGGAGGAGAGGACACUACACAGCACAGUCUAUGAGUUUUAAAGGGAAAAGAGGGCUAAACCUGUAGCUCAAGUGACCAACUUGUUUUUUUCCAAGGCUUUCCCUAGUGGUUCUAACACUUGAGAAGGGAGGACGAAGACUAGGAGGCUCCACUCUAUCAAUUACUUUAACCCCCUACAAAUCCCUAUGUGCAUUCCGUUAGGAGGGCUAAAUGGAUUUGUCAGGUUAUAAGCAACAUGGUGGUGAUUACAAACAAUUCCAGCCAAACAGAGGGCAAACAGGCAGUAUUUACCAUUUUGCUUACACCUGUCGAAUUUCCCAAGUAGUCCACUAAAGUAGUAGGUAUAGAUUUGGGACGGGCCAAGCAGCUACCAGUUUUUGUCUAGAGACCAGUCUAGAUGCUGCAGCUUUUAAUGUCAAAGUUCCGUAGCUGUCACUCCCUCCAAGAGCAGGAAUAUCCUAAUAGCUGUCAAUCAUUCAAUAAUUUGUUAGCAAUUAAUUAUUCUGGGAUGUAUUGAUGACAUGGGAUUUAUAAGCAAUUGAUUGUUUCCUGCAUUUUAAGAAUGAAAACGGUUAAAUCAUGGAUUAGUGAUUGUAAUGACGCCCAAUUCUACUGACUGGAAAGUGUACACAUAAAUUCUUCCACUAUCAUGUUUUAGGGUCCUUUUGGUAUGUAGGCUAUUUGUUCUUAAUUAUUUGCAUACAUCAUUUACAAGGUAUUUUGUGAGGACUAUACAGGCCAAGGCCACCCUUGUACCUGAGCGUGUGAGCCCUUUCAAGUUGGUAGAUAGGGAAAUGGUUGCUCAGAGACAACCAUCAUAUUCCACUGUCAAGUGCUUGGACAAAAUUAUGAAAUGCCUUUUUUUGAAUGGAUGCUGCACCUAAGCAACCACCUUGUGACCACCUUAUUGUUUUUUUUAUUUUUUAUUAUUCAUUUGUUUCGCUCCCUUUUUGUCCACCUAUUCCUUAAACCUCGGAAGACUUAAAUGUCUUUUAAGUAUAUAUAUUAUAUAAAAAAUAUAUAUUAAAACAUUUCAAAACAU